CCUUGGUUUACACUUGUUUUAGUGUACCAUCAAACAGACAACAUUCCUGUGUGCACUUCUGGCCAAAAGAGCUUACUUGUAUUAUUUUGACGUUGGGCUUACCUUCUUUGGUUACACAUGGGAUAUAGCAGCAGUUCUUUCAAAAAGACAGGUAAAAAGAAACAAAUGAGACAUAAAUUGCUAUUUAUUUUGUUAAAAGUUAAUGCCUGAAUUAUCUACCCAAUGUAUAGGUCUUAAUGAUUAGUUAGUUUGUUUGUUUGUUUGUUUUUUAAAAAAGGAACAAAUAAAUACGUUUUGAUGACUAUCAUUAUAAGUCACAAGACAAAAGACAGCAAGAUUCAUGCUGAUGAAUCAUACAUAAUAAGUGGUUUAUGAUUUUCAACCAUUUUCUUCCUGAGUGGUUCCUGGUUACCUCAGAACAGUCCGGUACAGGAAAGAGUUCCUCAUUUAUUAAUAAAUACUAAUUAGUUACUGUUUUCAGGCAUCCCAAGCUGUCUAACGGAUUGCUAUUACACAAUUCAUUACUUCAUCGUCGUGAUUACGUGACUUAUAUGUUCCCUCAAAGUGAAGAGGGGGAUCAUAAUACUGAGCGCUCAAUCGCAGCUUGUGCACUGUAGUAUCUAGUAAUUUUGUGCACCUCACUAUGAAGUGUUACUGACGUCUAUAUUAAACAUGCAGAACUGCUGCUGUUGUCUUUUCCAUCUUAUUGUGAUUAAGUGCUUUUCAGUUUUUGGAAAAUGAGCUCACAAGCAUGACACAAUCUAUGAAGUAAUGUGAUUGCCCAUUUUGGAGGAGCAGGUUUUGCACAUGUGUCCAUCAUGUACUUUCUCAUUUAACACUUUAGUUUGAGUCACAGUAAGACCAUUGGGCUCUGAAUCAGCUUUGCUCUGAAUUUCACUGGCUCCUCUGUCACCAUGUUUCUACAUUGUGGAUUACAUGCUGUAAUUUUAAGGUAACAGGAGCUGCAGCUGUGUUCAGUUUUCUCAGUUUCAUGUUUAGAUGUGUGUGGCUCACAGACCACAGAACGCACACAGCCACAAGACUUUGUCUCAAAUUCAUGUCAAGAACCAGACAUUUUCAAAGACACAAAAAAUGUCAGGGCAAGUUUUAAGGUUGUGGGGAAUUAUUCUUAUUUUUUAAAUGAUAUGAUCUAUAAGAAGAAUACUAAAUCUGAAGAAAGGUUAGGAGGGCAGUCAUACUGCAAUUGCACAAAUCUUUUGGAGAACUUUGCCCGAUAUGAUUUUACAUAUUGAACCUUGAAAGAAUCAAGUACCAGAGAAGCUCCAGACUUACAGUGAUAACUUAAAGACAUGCAUAAUUUGCUAAAUAAUGAGUAUUUACUACACUACUACACUGAGGACAUUUUGUGCAUUCUAUUUUGAAUUUCUGGUGACUUUUGUCAAUUUAUGCUGGAAAAAACAUAGGUUAUUAGGAUGGGUUGGGUUUGUUUGUCCUUCCUUCUGAAAUCCAGCCCUUUGCAAAGCAAACGUCAAAGAAAGUUUAAAAAAAAGUGAAGAAGUAAAAGAUAAAUGGCACUUUGAUAGUUUUUUUUUUCUUUUUUACUCUGUAAGCCACUAAAAAGACUAAAAGUCUGGAUCUGAAGACAGGCCUCUGAGCGAGCUAAAUAGUACCAAAUCCAACUUGAAAAUCAUCUUAAACAAUUUGAAGUGGUUUUACAAAUCCAUAAACUGCACUUAUAUCUGCACCUGAUGUUUGGAGAGCGUUUAUUGGAAAGAUUAAUCAUGACGCAAACCUUACCUAUCAAAAAGGCUGAGGUCUUUUUUUUAAUCCGACAAGACAUAAAAAGAAAAUAGGUUUGUACCCUGUGGAAUUUUACUAAAAAAAAAGAAGAAGAAAAAAGAAAGAAAAAAGAAAAAGCUGUGGUGGGCCCAUAAAAAUGUGAUGGGCUGCACACAUGCAAGUCUGAUGUAAAACAACCAGAGGCAGAAAGGCUAACAUUACAUUGUUUUGUGUGAAGUCUUCUUAACAUGCCUUUUGGCGUGAUGACAAAUAGAACUUGAUUAUUAAAGUACACAUAUUAAAUUGGCGACUUGGUUUUAUUGUAACCUAUUGGACACAGAGUCCUUCCCUGAAUUCCCUUUUAAUCAACUACAAGUCGAGCGCCUGACUCUGAACAUCUCAGUUUAGGAGGAGUUUGUGAGUCCUGCGGCUCACCUAGGACCUUUUACCAAAACGCUUUUCACAACGUGAGAGGUGGGCUGUUGUGCUGCUGAGAACUGCGAAGACUUUUUGACGUGCAAAGUCCAGUAUCCUGGCAAAGCAAACACUUUCUGGGACAUGAGCCAAACGAGCAGACAGUUAUUUUGUGCCAAAAUCUGGCCAGAGGAUAGGAAAUCAUACACAGGCAACGUCGUGACCGCUGCCAGUAUGGCGCAAAAAACUGAAGAAAGUCGCGUCUAUUUCACCAAAACCCCGACUGGAAGCAGUGCCGGGAGUUUGGCAGAAUCCGAGAAUGCAAACCUGUACGGAUCCGGAAACAUUAUUCCGCUAGCCUGUGACAUGGAGAAACGCUGCUGCCAGACAGCUGCUGCUCCUCAGGAGGAGUUAAGCGCUGAGUGCCGAGUGGGCGACAUUCGCUCCUUUUCUGCCUGCGCCACAAUCUCAGAAACAGCCAGGGAGCUCUGCAAAGCUGUGUCCGUGUCUCUGGGUCUGACCAUGGAGUCCGGUGACACGAGCGAGGCGCACGUUUCUCUCCCGCCGUGUGCCGCAAAUGACCAAAUGAGCGCAGAGUAUUUAUUCGGGGUGGAAGCCGUGCCUGCGAACUGUCCCGGAGCCCCGGCUUCUCUCUCCGAGUACAGGUGUCCCGAGCGAGAUGAGCGCCCGCCACACGACCACAAGCAACAGGUGAAAAUGUUCAAAAGUUCAGAGCCCGCGGCGGCUUUUCAUCACCUUACUUCCACGGCGACAUCUGUGAACGCGCAAAACUUCACGCUGUGCCUGGCUGAUGACAUAACUCCGAAAGAGAUAGAUCAUCUGGACAUAGCGUGCGCUGCCUCUUGCCCUUACGCCCCAGCUGCGCCGGAGCCUUUGGCACAGUUCGGCCCCGCGGCUGCACAGAGGCCAUGCGGAGCUUACAACUCCGUGGAGGAAGCCGGAGACGUCGUGGAUGCCGUGGAGAAUAGGUCCACGGGGUUUCAGGCAGAACGGCACGGCGUCAAAGUCAAAUCUGAGGGAAGUGCAUCUGCAGGGGCGUCGUGGGUCAGCAGGCCUAAUUACAGCUUCGGCGACAAGUACAACUCGCAGUUUUGGGGGUCGAGGCAGUGCAUGAACGUGCAGAGCUCGGGAGCGAACUCCCCGUUUAUAUGCAAUCCAUAUGACGGGACCGUAAUGCGCCGUGAACAGUGGUACCCUGGCGGGAUGCUGAGGACGCCUUAUCCCAACUCCAACUACAUGAAGGGUGAAGUCGGCGAAUGGCUGGAUGUCACUUACAACGACACCAGGUUUGAGUCCAGUAGAGAACACAUGUUUCCCAUGGAGUUCUUCUUUCCCCCACAGAGGACAUGCCUUAUCUGCUCGGACGAGGCAUCUGGCUGCCAUUACGGCGCACUCACCUGUGGCAGCUGCAAGGUUUUCUUCAAAAGGGCUGCCGAAGGCAAGCAGAAAUACCUGUGUGCCAGCAAGAAUGACUGCACUAUUGAUAAGCUAAGAAGAAAGAACUGCCCCUCCUGUCGCCUGAAGAAGUGCUUUGAAGCUGGGAUGACUCUUGGAGCACGUAAGCUGAAGAAGAUUGGACAACAAAAAAGCCCAGAAGAAGAGCAUGGUGCUCAGGAUCCAGUGGAUCCACAUGUCUCUCCUAAAUCUGGUGUGCAACUGAACUCCCACCUGGUCUUCCUCAACAUCCUGGAGUCCAUUGAGCCAGAGGUUGUGAAUGCAGGCCAUGACUAUGGCCAGCCGGACUCCGCUGCCACCCUGCUCUCCAGCCUCAACGAACUGGGAGAGAGACAACUUGUCAAAGUGGUCAAAUGGGCAAAAGGAUUGCCAGGUUUCAGAAAUCUCCAUGUGGAUGACCAGAUGACUAUCAUUCAGCAGUCAUGGAUGGGGGUGAUGGUGUGUGCCUUGGGAUGGAGGUCCUAUAAGAAUGCCAGUGGCAGGAUGCUAUACUUUGCCCCAGACCUUGUGUUCAAUGAACACAGAAUGCACGUUUCCACCAUGUACGAGCACUGCAUACGGAUGAGGCAUCUCUCUCAGGAGUUUGAGAUGUUGCAGAUCACCCAGGAAGAGUUUCUCUGCAUGAAGGCCUUGCUCCUCUUUAGCAUUAUUCCCGUUGAGGGUCUGAAGAGUCAGAAGUACUUUGACGAAUUGCGUCUCACCUACAUCAACGAACUCGACCGCCUCAUCAACUUUCAAACGACUACGAACACAUCUCAGAGGUUCUACCAGCUCACACGACUCAUGGACUCUCUCCAGAUGACCGUAAAGAAGCUCCAUCAGUUUACCUUUGACCUUUUUGUCCAGGCUCAGUCACUUCACACCAAGGUCAGCUUUCCAGAGAUGAUUGGAGAAAUAAUCUCAGUACAUGUACCAAAGAUCUUGGCAGGUUUGGCUAAACCAAUCUUGUUUCAUAAGUAGAAGGAGAUUUUUUUUUUAAAAAAUCAGAAAAUGACUCAUCUUGCAGCCUCCGUAAACUUUAACUAAGGCUUUAAACUGUUUCCCCACAUCUUCAAUCUGACUGCUUUUAUCCCUGCCUUGUAAUCACAUUUUUAUUGCUCAAGGCGUUUUACGUUUGGGGUUGGGGGUUUUUGCCUUUUUAGCCAUAAUUGAGAUUGUUUCUUCAAAACUAUUAAAGCUUUUACCUGAAGAGCUGUCUUUUUAUGACAGCUUUGUGGUUCAUGAGAUCAUAAGAGGAUUGUUUGUGUUUUCUGAUGGAGGAGAGAUUCAGCUUUACAUUUGCAGUUAAGUCUGUAAAACAUGAUCACCUAAACCUUUGUGACAUCAUUAUGUAUAACGGACAAAGAAAUCACAAAUCGUAAAUAAUAUUCGGAUUACCAAAGUAUUUUAGCUGCUGCCUUGCAGUUCACCUAUUCAUUUCAUGUUUGUGAAAGUGAGAUUCCCGUAUGGCUCAGUCACAAAAAAACCCACAUCCUUCAUGCCACAGUAGUAAAAUUAGGACGUCAACCUCUUUGCUACUUAAUACUUGUCCAAUGAUUACAUUUUUUUUUCACAUUCAGCAGUUGAUUGCAAGUAGUUGUGGCAACCAACUAUCCAGAGGUUAAGGGUGUCAACCUCUGGACAACCACUUUUGCGAUCACAAAACAGCUGCACACCUAGUGAGAGGCAACCAGUCUCUAAACACUUGCAGUCUGACUUUUACUGACUUCAUUCUCUAUCAGACUGGUGAAUGUUUCCAAAUAACUGCGGUCUGGUUUAUAAAUGCAGACCGACUGCCUGCGUGUCGCCAUUUGUCAGUUUAUGCUUGCUAUUUGUGGAGGAAUUUUGAAUUUCUGUUUCAAAUCUAUCAAUGAGGUUCUAGUGGAAGUCUGAAUGUAAGUAGAUAAUGUGAAUUUCUGUUUAAUGUGAAUUCCCUUGAAUGAUUUGCAACACCCGGUAACAUAUUGAUGUGAUAUUAGGGCUGUGCGAUAUGACCAAAAUCUCAUAUAUAAGAAUUCUGUCGAUAUAAAUCACAAAAAUUCAAAUUCCAUAUCAAUUACCUCGAUUCAUUGAUGUUUUCUUUGGUGCCUAAAUUCCAGUCCAGUGAACAGUCAUAGGCCUAAACUUCUACAAGAACUGACAAAAAUCUCACUUUUUGUGCACUGAUUAGUGUAAAUCUUAUAUAUAAGUGUCCAUAUUCUAGUUAUGCCUCAAUAAGUAUAAAGAAACAAAUUACAAAAAUUAUAAAUCCAGUACAGUAGUGAUUUAUUUGAAGCCUCUGACACCACAAUACAAUCCCUCAUAGCUGUAUAUUCUGCUCAUUUGACCCAUUGUUAAAGUGUUUCUGACGUGUGAUGUAUGUUUUCAGAAGGAGACCAGAACAUGUUAAAGACAAGGUGAAAGAUUCACAUUCAUUUCAAGCCUUCUGUGAAUUUUAUUGUCCAGCACUCGAACAUGAUCAGUACUGUGAUUGUUGUGAAGCAUAGCGUAGUGUGAAAUUUCAGCAAAGUCAUGAAAAAAACGUUUUAAAUGAAACAUCAUCUGCUCACUUUGUACUUUAAUAUUUAGACAUCUUAAGCAGCACAUUGACCUUGUUUGGCUUGCAGACCACCACGCAGAACCCACCGCUCUUUACAACAGCAAAUAUGCAGACUGGAUAUCUUUGUUUUGGUUUUUGCUUUUUUGUAAGUUAAAAAAAGACCGUCUGUUAAGAUGUUUCCUUACCCACAGUCAGCGUAAAAUGAACCUCUUUUCUUUAGUGACUUUUCUAUCAAAUGGAACAAUAUGAUUUGGUCAUGAAAAUAUUAAUUCAUUAUGCAACUAAUGUUACAACAGAUACAUUGUCUCGUUUUGUGCAUGCAGAACUGUGUAAAUAUAGUGCCUUUAAAAAGUACCGAUGUUUGGCAUUGCCACGUACAUUAUUUUAAAAGUUGAAUGUGGCUACAAGCGCUCUUAUUUUUAAAGCUAAAACAAAGAUGUGACCAAUUAGAAGCCUCUGGGAAGUAAGAUAAGAUAAGAUAGAACUUUAUUAAUCCCUCGGGUGGGUUCCUCUUCCUCUUCCAAAAAGCACAGUCACGCCACAGACCGAAGUGAGUCAUGAGAAGAAAGCUAACAUAAUGUCAUCAGCUGUAACAGACAGGGCUGCAUGUAGAAUGCACAGCUCUUACUUCGUCUGCACGACAACACUGUGCUGACUGCUUCGCGCUUUCUAGAGCAAGGACUGAACGUCUUGUAGGGAUGCAAGCAAAAAAGGAUGGCAGCAAAUACAGGCAAAUACUGAAUUAGAUUCGGGGUGCCAGAGAUCUUAGAUUGCAGCAGUAAUGUUUUACAGAGCAACAAAUUUCAAAUGACAGAAAAAAAAUUCAAUUUUUUUCAAGACAAAAACUGGAAGGCCCUCGGAUGUGGAAUGUAAGAAUCCUUGACAGGCACUGCCAAACCUCAGAGAUUAAAAUUAAGGAAAAAAAUCUGUGGAAUGCCUUGAAGAUAACCGAUCGCAGUCAAUCAACAGCCGAAAAGCAUUCAUUUGCAGAAAUGGAUGCAAUUAUACACAUCUACAUUUCAUUAAAGACGUCUGUUCAAGUGUUCAAACGCAAGGCAUUCUGUGCCUACAACAUGGCUUAUAUGAUGCAACUGAUUGAUGUAAUUGAGACUCAACUGUAGCACAUCCUGCCUUCUCACAAUCAAGCUGCUCUGUGCUUACAGCAAAAGUAACUUCUGUGGUCUUUUCUGCACCUUUUGACAAUUCAUUCAUUUGAUAAUGUUUUAUAACUCAGCACUUAACGAGUCCACAUUCCAUUAGAAGAUUGUAGAUGCAUGUAUUAUGUGUUUGUGUAGUUGUAUGGAUAACUUUUUGCUUUACAGAAAGUGACGCACAGACAUCCGUGUAUUACCUGUUUAUCGUAUAUUGGUUGGUGGUGUAAUUGUUGUUCAGUACACAGUGAUCGACUGUCUGUCACAGUCAGUUUCACAGCUCCUUGGUAGCCUAUUCAUUCCUAAGCUAUAGUGAAACCCUGUAGAGCAUCCAACUUCAUCUGCACAAAUAAACAUAUUCAUGCUUUUUUAACUUGUCUUCUUGUACACUACUUGCUAUGCGGAGUGACUAGGGGAGGAAAGAGAAUACAGUGGACAGCUAUGGGUUUAGACUAAAGGUGAUUUGGCCCUUUGUUGCAGAGAAACCAAUUUCCAUCAUGAUGCAAACAAGACACCUUUCAGAAAACUGAAUUUUCAGUAAGCAUGUUGUCUACAGAAAAAUAUAUUACAUAUGUAAGACUGCUGCAGCAGUUAAGAACUCAUUCAAUUAACUGUGGUUCUAAAUAUUGUUGUUUUAUGCUGGUUUAGCUUUUCUACACAUUUCACAGCGGGCACAGCCAACACAACAGUGCAUUAAUAAGACAUAGAUGCGUCUGUAAAAUUUUGAUACUGAUGUACUCAAAGAAGGUCAUGGCGUUUGUAUUUUGCUGAAAUAGCUGAUAUGUGCCCAGUGUACUGCAUAUUAACAGGGUUCUUUGUACAUGCGACAGUAACUGUAUAUAUUGAUCAGUUUGAUGUCUGUUUUUGUGUCCAAACACUUGACUUUCAAAGUUGUUUAUUGUAUGAUUUAUAUCUUUUGUGAUCUCUGUUUUUUCAAAAUGUGUGUUUUUCAAAGGUGUCAUCUUUUAAAGGCAAUUAAAAUAUUUCUGACUCUGAAA